CGAUUUGGUGCUCUUCCUUUGUCCGCGAAUGGAAAGGAAUUUUGCGCUUCUAGGGUUACCACCAGCGGGAAUGGUCGUUGGUAUUGCGGAAAGGGCAGUGACGGAGCGGCAGUAGCGGGUGCUGCUUGCUGGACUGCGUGUCGGUGGGGCUUGUGGGAAUAGUUCUGUCAAGGGGCGGGUGGGGUUGGUUGCUCGGGGUGUUCCCGCGUUUGAGGCGCGGGGAGGGGGGAUGAAAAUGUUGUCAGGAGUUCGGGAUUACGAGCGCACGCUGUGAAUUGGUUUCUCAUGGUCGGAGGGGAGGUCCUGAAAGUUCCGUGGAAAGCGGGAAGAGGAGGAUUCGGCGAGGUUGCCUUGCUCAUGUGACGAGGAAUUAUUCAUAGAAUUCAGGGCGGUAGUCUUCUCGGUCGUUUGUGCUCUCUGAGUGAGAGAGUACUUGCAUACUAUUUUUUCUGAGGUUUAUGAGUGGGGGGACGGAAUGCAGUGCUGUUGCAUUUAGACCGUUUUCAGCUGACUAAGAACCCUCCUGGUUCUGUUGUAACAUAUCAAGUCGAGAGAUAAAGUGGUGGCCAUGUGCAUAUCAAUGCUUGCGAGUAAAGAUUUCAUGGAGGGUUGCGCUUUUUGGGUUCUGUUCGCCCAAUUCCAAGUGAGAUGACGCGAAGAUCAAUAUUGACGGCAAUGCAUUCAUCUGGAUUCUUCGCCUUAUGAGGUUGAAGCUUUAGUCACCAUGGCAGUUCCUCGGAAGCGUGUUGAAUAUGCGCUGGGUUGGUCAUAGCGGCAAGUGCCUGGGUGCUAUUAAUUGUAGAGUUUGGAUAGAUAGGUUAGGUUUCGGACUAGUCAGCGGGUAAAAGGAGCGCGUAAAUGUGUAAAUCUUUCUUUGAAUUGUGUCUCAAAGAAAAUGAUAUCAUAAGUUUAGGAAUCAUGUGGUUUUAGAACCCCCAAGUUUGCAACUGCAUUCUUCGUGUCUUGGGAGGAAAUCAGUGCUUGUUCAAAAAGGAACACAGCUGGAGCCAAAACUGGGUGUACCAUACAUGACUGAUUUAGCUGUGCGCCCGAAUCACAUGGAGUUCAACUACCUCCAGCGAGGGAAGGUUUACCGUCUCAAUGAUGAAGGUAAAUGGGACGACAAAGGAACAGGUCAUGUGUCUGUUGAGUAUUUAGAGCGCUCGGAUGCAGUGGGUUUAGUGGUCAUUGAUGAGGAAGACAAUCAAACUUUGUUGGUUCAUCGGAUAUCAGCGGAUGAUAUAUACAGGCGCCAAGAGGACACCAUCAUUUCAUGGACAGAUCCAGAAGUGGCAACAGAUUUGGCUCUCAGUUUUCAAGAGACAAUGGGUUGUUCAUUUAUAUGGGACCAAAUAUGCAGCGUGCAGCGCUCGAUUCAUUUUCCAUCAGUGGGAGCCAUGGAUGGGAGUGCACGCCCAGUUGGUGAUGAUUUGGAUCAUUCUGGUACAUCGCAAGAUGACGAUGAUGCGUUUCGUGACUGUGGAGGCAGUGAAGUGGUUGAACUCCCGCCAGUGGAGCUUUCUACUCUCUCUCUCCUUGCUAAGACUGUCGCAGAAGUUAUUCCUUUUGAUCGUGAUAGAGUGGCAUCCAUGAUUGUCCGUGAUCAAAAUUACAUACCCAAACUCCUACAGCUAUUCCGCACUUGCGAAGACCUAGAGAAUCUUGCUGGUUUGCAGUUGAUUUUCAAGAUUGUGAAAGGAAUUAUUUCUCUGAAUGAUGGACACAUCUUUGAUAUCAUCUUUAGCGAUGAGUACAUAAUGGAUAUUGUCGGGGCUUUGGAAUAUGAUUCUGAUGUGACAAAAUGCCACUGUCACCGCGCUUUCCUCAAGGAGCAAGCUGUUUUUAAGGAGGCUGUUCCUAUUCGGGAUCCAGUGAUCUUGUCAAAGAUCCACCAAACAUAUCGUAUUGGCUAUAUAAAGGACGUCAUAUUAUUUAGAGUGCUGGAUGAUCCAACGUUUGCCUCACUCAACUCCAUUAUACUCUUUAACAAUGUUUCAGUGGUGACUGCGCUUCAGAGCGAUUCUGCUUUUCUGUCGGAACUUUUUUCAAGACUUCGCUCGCUCGAAACAUCGGAAGGAAGAAGGCGGGACUUGGUGAAUUUUGUUCAAGAGUUUUGCAACCUGAGCAAGCAUCUUCAACCUCUUGUGCGAAACCAAUUGUUUGGUGCACUUGUUAAAGAAGGAUUGCUCGAAAUUGUGAAAGACAUCCUUGCGGAUGCAGAUGAAGCUGUCCGACUCAGUGGGUGCGAUAUUUUAAUUGCAGUUCUCAACCAUGACCCAGCAUUAUUGCGUAGUUUUCUGGUGCACCAAUCAUCCCACACAUUGUUCAAUGAACUGGUGCAAGGAAUGUUGAUUCCUAGCGAAAGUGGAGUGCAAGCUCAACUUUUAGAAGUAAUGCGCAUGCUCCUGGAUUCAGAGACAAUAGAUACCCCAGCGGUUGAAAAAAGCACUUUUCUGGAAACCUUUUAUGAAAUAUACAUGGACCAAAUGGUUCAACUUCUUACGGACGGUUGUCCACCAGAGCUAGGGAGCGUAGAGCCUGCUAAUGAUCCUUCUGUUGAUGCUGGAAAAGGGAUGAAGCGAACAGUUGCUCCAGAGAUUCUUGGAAACAUUUGCGAGCUAAUGUGUUUUUGUGUUCAGCAUCACCGAUUCAGGAUCAAGUAUUAUGUGAUGAGAAACCACGUCGUGGAGAAAGUUUUGAGGCUGAUUCGCAGGAAAGAAAAGUAUCUGGUUGUAGCUGCUGUGCGAUUUCUAAGAACAUGCAUUUCUUUGAAGGAUGAGUUUUACUUCCGGUACAUAGUGAAGCACAAUCUGUUUGAACCUAUUAUUGAAGCUUUUGUGGCUAACGGAAAUCGCUACAAUCUCCUCAAUUCAGCUAUAUUGGAGCUCAUUGAUUUCAUUCGCAAAGAGGGCCUCAAAACACUCGUAGUGCAUCUAAUUGAGAAGUUUUCUUCUAAAUUGGAAUGUAUUGACUAUGUGGACACUUAUCGGGAACUGAAAUUGAAAUAUGAGCAGAUUUUGGAAGGUCCCCCACCUAGCGCAAGAGACGCAGGAGUUGCUGUUACAAGUAGCAGCCCUGAUCAUGGUUCACGCACAGGACGUGAUAGGCUUGGCCAAAGAGGUCUUCUUGAUAGCCGCCAACUGAAGGACAAAGUUGAGGAUGACAGUUUCAACGAGGACAGUGAUGAUGAGGGGAAUCCAGCAAUUGCAUGGGUGUGUACAUCUUCACAGCCGCAAACAACAAAAUCAGUUACUGUAAAUGGCAGUGCUCCAAGUGGUGUACCCUCAGGGCAUCUGAUACUUUGCUCUGACAGUGGAAGCGCCACUGGAUCAGUGUACCAUGAAGGUGAAGAUGAAAACAUGUCUACAGCAUUAAACACUAAUCGCAAAAAAUCAGGUUGGGUGUUCGAAAUGAAGCCAGAGAGUAUACUUCCGGCGAUCCCCUUCACAGGCCCUAUUUGGCAAGAAGUAGAAGAUGGACCUAUUACUAAGCGAAAGACCCCUCUUGCCUCAAGCUUAGAACAAACUGAUGCUACUGUGUUCAAGAGACAAAAGCCUGAGGAUGAUCAUGCAGAGGACCAAUCCAAAAACUAUCCCAGUCUUUCUGCCGUAGUUGACCUCAGUGGCGCUGGAUCUGCUGAAAUGAGUUCUGAAGUUCCGGGGCUAGCAGAAUCAAUGAUGUUAGAUUCUACACUACCAGCGCAAGAUAUCAUUACGAAGGUAUGCAACACAGAAAAUCCAAAUGCAACGUCAGUUUACCAGCAUGAGUCAGAUGUUAUAUAUCAGACCUCCAGCUCAGAUCAUAGCAGUCGGAGCAACACUGAAGCAACGCCGGACGUUGAUGGAAAGUGUGCCUAUGAAGAUUUGGACACAUCUCCCUUAGAGUCUGCCUCUAUACCUCUCGGUGGGAAUGCAGACUUGGUUGCUAGUAAAUCACUGCUGUUUAAUGAUAGACUUGCAGACAUUGCAACCACGAGAACAUUUGUUAUGAUGGGAAAGGAUUCUGCUUGUUUAGAGGAAAACCAUCCUUAUGAUGGACUGGAAGCCGUGAGAGAGAAAUGUGCAAAUGGAGGUGAGAGUCCCACUAAGCCAGUGGACGUUGGUUGCUCCCUGGCCAGAGAGAGUCAAAACGGCAUGGACAGUUCCGCAGUUGAAGACAUUAAUAGGUCUACAUCCGAGAGCUCAGAGAGGAUAGGGCUUGGUGCCAUCCCCACCAAAGGCGUUAAUGACAGCAACAGUAGUAUUUCGCAACUACAGAACACGAGCUUAGGUAGUGAAGGCAACAGAAUGACCAACUUAGGUACGGAUAUUAUGAGGACUGUAACUCCGACGUCUCCUGGACCCUACACUGUUCGAUAGUAUGAUUCUAAUUUCUGAAUGCAUUGGUACAUUACUCAUGAAGCUCUUGUCUCA